AUGCAGGCAAGUGCCCAGGCUACACCAUCGGUGGAACGGACCGACUUCAUGCAGACAUCGGAUGGCAUCAGGAGAAACCCCGCCUCCAACACCAACACAAUCGACCACCAGCCCCCGCAAGGCCAUCAGAGACUCGUCUUCACCGACCCGGUCGCCCUCCGCUACCUCGAAGAAGAUCCCUCGACCGAUGUGCUCCACCGACGCUCGACGCUGCAGGGCUAUGAGAUCUACAUCGUUGAGCAAUGGGCUUGCUCGCGCGUGCAUCCUACGUUUGUUAUCUCGACUUAUACCGGUGAUCCUUCGCACACUGUCAUUGUCGGGGUACUAAGCGUCCCGACGAAUGAAGCUACGUGGUCGCCGCGGCUGCGAAUGUACUUUGAUGCUAUGAAACAAUGUCACGCGCGAAAGAAGGAAACACCGCUGGGGACUGUUAUGGUUACGGAUCUGAGCUCAUUCCCGUCCGCUUUGAGUGUCAUUCCUAUUCCCGGUGGCGAUCUCAAGAAACAUAGAGAGGACUUUAUUGUGAAUGAGGACUUGAAGAGACUCGGUUGCGCUGGCCGUGCGGGCUUAAAGCUUCAAGCUCCGUCGGCUGCGACCGAGGCCAAGUUUCAUCUGUUGUACCGGACGAGUGAACGGGUUCCGCUAUAUGCUGCUGUUAUGGAAUUGGUCAGGCAGUGCCAGACAGCUCUCAUGGUGUUUGACAAGCUCGCCCCGGAAUAUGUGGACGGGCUACUUUGUGAUGUGACCGAAGCGGCCAUCAGCGAUUGGUGGACAGACAUAGGAACAGACUUGUACAACAUUGAGCCGAGCGACAGUAGCUUGGGACCAACAAGUGUGGCUGCUUUGCUGGGGACGCUCCUCGGAGCGCGAAACCGUCUGCAUGCAUACGGCGCCCCAGUGGGCAAAGAUGCAUUUGACAUUGCCAACCUGAAGAGAGGCAUUGGGAGUUUUCAAAAAUCUCAGAAAAUGAGAAAAUCCCGGAGAUUGGACCGUCAUACAUUGGAUCGAUUACACCGCGCCACAGCCAAGGCUGCCAAUUCGGAGGGCUGGACCGAUGCGGUGAAAUCUACGAUGGCGGAGCUCAGUGGACAAGGUGGUGAAAUGGUCAUGGGGAUGGUUCGUGGGCGUGACAAGGGCGGCAUUGCUGAUAUUGAAACGCUAGAUAUGGACACAUUUGUACAGUGUUGCAACGGAGAACGAGCCAAGUGGUUGUGGUUGGGUAGACCACGCAAGAGUGGCUUUGAGGAUGGCUUCACGCGUGGGACUGGAUCGGACAUGAUGUUUACGACCGAUGAACAGGGCGGCUAUGUCUGGACCAGUCGCAAGAAUCAUUCGACAGAAGAUGUGCAUGAGCGACUCAGCUCCACCUUCGAUCGCUCUUGGAAGAUGCCAGAGCCAUCGGCGGUUGAAGAAAAAGAACAUCGCAAAAAGGGUGUUAGCGGACGCGUUUCAGAUGCCCGCGCAGGCUUGGGACGCUUCAAAGAUGCAGUAGGACUACAGGGCCUUCGCUCGCAUCACCAUCAGCAAUCCCGAGAAAGCGCGGAGUUGACACACGAUGCUGCUUACCGCCCAUCGAUGGACAGCGACUCUGAGAUGCCCAUUUCAAAAGCUCGGACAGACUCUGGUUUCCGAUCUUCGGAAACAAAGAUCGGGACUGAGACAGAAGAUCCCAUUGAGGAGGAGCAGGAGGAGAAGUCCACUCAACUCUCGUCCAUCCCCGGCUCUGCAGAGACCAAAGCCCCAGAAAUUCACAUCGAAUCUGCACCACCUACUGUUGGUCUUGAUACACUGCCCCAACCCGAUCAACUUACACCACAACCUGAAGUCAUUGAUGAGGAGUCGGAUAUAGAGCGCGUCAUGUCUCGGUCAACGGCGGCAUCAAGUGAUCGCGAUCGUGAAGGCUCAGUUAGCGGCCUGGCUGUCAUGGCUCUGCGGCGGCCACAAAGCUGCGAAGAUUUCCAAGGAAGUGAAAGGGAAAUCGAACGACGAGACAACGACUGCCCGAGACACCUAUCUUUCAGCACGGUCGAAGAAGUGGUACUCAAAUGGGAGCCAAUAGGCAACAACCCGGUUAUCAAAGAAACAGACAACCUGGAAGACUCCAUCGCCCAAGAAGACAUGCUCGCCUCCGACGGACGUAUCUUCAGCUCUCGGAUCCUGAAGUUGAGCCAGCACACCGUGCCAUGGGUUGAGCGGCAGGUCGAUUCCGUGGACGGUCUCAACCAAGUCCUCCACGACCGCUAUGAAGAGCUCAACUCAAUCUACCUGGAGCGAUUCGCCGAUUACCAGAGACUACGAGAACGAUCUAGUGACAUCCUCUUGGAUGAAAACCACCACCUUACCGAUGGUGUGAAGCGCGUUGAGCUGCUAGGCGCCAAACUGGACUACGAACUACACGUCCUCGAGUCCAAAGUCGAAGACAUGGAAGCCGGCCUGAGUGACUUCGAACGCCACCUUGUAAAUGUCGAGACGAGAAUCAAAGUCCUGGUCAAAGGCGAAGAACAACACAGCACAUCCUGGACAGCCUGGAUCGCCCGCACCAUUGGCUUCUCACCCCGAUAA